AUGGCAUCCCUUCGGCCAUCACUCAUCCGCCCUACGGUCCAUGAAUUGAGGAGCUUUCUCCUCACCAAUCCAGCCACACGACAUCCCCAUUGCCACUCCACAUCCCGACUGCUUUCUCGAACGUCGUCCAGAUGCCUAUCCUCCCCUCAUCGUCAAUUCUCUGCCGUUCCCCCUCUACACAACGCCUCACCAAAACCUAUAUCCCGCAAUCGCGGACCAGUUUCAAAGGAAGAUACGCAAACCGACUUCGGCGCCCUUAAUGUGCUAGGAAACACACCACCACCAAGUACAGCUAUCGACGCCUGUUUGUGGGACGGUUUCCACUUAAACAACGAAGUUAAAGUAAUAGGCGGGAAGGGUGUCUUACUCAUCAAUGGUGAGUCGUUCGAAUGGUGUCCUUGGCUGGCGAAUACUUCUGGGGAUGAGACAAGACUGGUGAACGCGAAGGGGCAGUGGGGUGUAAGUGAGGAGGCCUUGGGAUUGUUGGGGACGGUCUGGCCUAAGCCUGACAUAUUGAUCUUGGGAUUGGGCAAGGAUAUGAGGCCGAUUAGUCCUGAGACCAGACAGUUUAUUAAUAGUCUCGGUAUACGGAUUGAAAUACAGGAUACGAGGAAUGCUGCUGCGCAGUUCAAUCUUUUGGCUACAGAAAGAGGGGUGGGUUCUAUUGCGGCUGCGUUGAUACCAAUAGGCUGGAGAGAGGGCGAAGGCGUCAAUUAA